AUCCUAUCUUGUCCCAUCUCACUCAUCCCAUCUAAUCUCAGCCCCGUCUGUUCCUCCUUAGCUCGAUCGAUCCACCCUUUCGUCCAUCCAUCCACACACCCAUCUAUCUAUCUUACCAUCUUGCCUCACCCACCCUCUCCAAAUCUACCACAUCUAGCGCUUAAAUCUAGUACCUACAUCUACCGCUAGGUCGGUCCCUUUCCCGAUCUCAUCCCGUCACCUGCGUAACUUGGUCCAUUGGUCUAUAUCACAACUCUAUCGUCUGUUCGCGCCUGGCCUCCACCUUCACCGAAACUAACUUCAAUCACACGGGAGCCCAAGUCACCGCGGUCUUAGUAACUUGACGCUUCAGCCUACUUCUUUGGCAUAUUAGAAUUUUUGUCCAUGCUCUUACCACAAGUCGGAGACGCUAUAUCAGAGUUCAGCCCUCGACUUACAUCAUACACAUCGCGCCUCUCAACGCUGGGGCGGCUUCGUGCGUGCCGUUUAGGUUACUGUCAGGACUGGUUGACUGGCAGAGAACGGGAUGGGAGUUUCCCAACGAAUUCGUUCCAACUGCUAUUUAACCCCGAGUAUUGCUGCUACCUGUCCCUGGACGAACCUGCUCCCGUUAUACACAAGUUCCCUCCCCUCCAGCCUAUCUACCCUGACAACCCACAACUCAGAUCAACUCGAAUUCACUCAUCAACCACCUUGAACCGUAAAGUGCAUCGUAUACCUAUCAGAUAUAUACCUACGCAUAUAUGAAAGGGUUGCCGAUGGAGUCACAGCCAGAACAAAAGCACCAGAGGAGAGGACCUUGGUCCCAGCGCGAAGACGAACUACUCAAGCACUAUGUCGCCGUCCAAGGCCCCCUAUGCUGGGUAAGGAUCUCUGCCCAAAUAGGCACGAGGUCCUCUAAGCAGUGUCGAGAAAGGUACCACCAGAACUUGAAGCCUUCACUGAACCACAAUCCCAUCUCAACCGAAGAAGGAGCCCAGAUCGAAGAAAUGGUCAGCAAGAUCGGGAAGCGCUGGGCCGAGAUCGCAAGAUCUCUCGACAACCGCAGCGAUAAUGCGGUCAAGAACUGGUGGAAUGGCAGUAUGAACCGCCGAAGGCGUCUGCUACGCAGACAAAACUCAACUAUCCAGGAAACCCUAUCCCCAAACCAAUCCCAGUCUUCUUACUACUCGCAAGGUGCUCCACAACUGCCGCUACCACAGCAUCAGCUUCAACUUCAACUUCAGCAUCACCAAGCGGCGGCAGAACCAUCGCCAUUAGCGGCAGCGCAAGAGAAUCGCCCGCCACUAGUAGUAUCGCCAUACCCCCUUCCCACCUUAUCGAACUCAGCUUAUCCAAAGAGUCACGGUCAGACGUCCCCUUAUAAUUAUAGCUCUCAUCACUCUUCUCGCCAUUAUUCUCACCACCCACUGGAUGCUUCUAAUCAACAAUCGUACCAACCAUCUCAUCAAACCACCGGUUCACGCGCAAGCUUCUCGGAAGGACUGCCAUCACCCUCUUUAACCUCGCCCAGCGUUGAACCACAGGAUCCACCUCCUGGAUUGGCAUCAAGUUCCAAUUCUAAGAUUGGUGCCGCUCGUCUCUCCAGCAUGUCCCGCGAACAUCCACCCAGGCUGCCUCCGUUACGAAUUGGGAAUGGAGAAUUGCCAGGGAGUCAGCUAUCGUCCUUAACUACAAGAGUAUCUCAACUUCAAUUCGACUAUAGCAAUGUUCGGCUGCCACCGAUUAGGGAUUGCUCGGGCAGCAGCCAACUGCCAACUGCCCCUAGUUCACCCCAGGUCCGCUCGCCAGGGCCAGAGCCCAAAGAAACUGCCCAAUCGCCUACGCACGAAGAUGAAAAGGGAAACAGCCCCUCGCGCCGCAAAGUCUCGAUACACGAUUUGCUGUCCUGAAGGGAAUAGGUUUAUGUUUGUUUUUUGGUGUAUUUUUGGCUGUUUUCCCCACGUAUUUGGAAGACUAGGAAAAGGAAUUGCGAAGGGGAUUCGUUGACAACAUGAAUUAGUUGCAAGCAGGGGUUGAUAGAAAAAGGGAAUGCGUUUUGUAUCUGAAGAUAUCUGUGUACUGCUGUCACCCAAGGGUAGGACUAGGAGCUGGGAGACAGGCCUCGUGAGCGGCUCAAAGACUUGGUCCUCUCCCCUACCUGGUUUCCCCGACGCAUAUCACGUGUAGCGAUUUGAUUUAUAUUGGAUUGUUUUUUCUUAUGGGCCAUGAUGGCUUGAUUGGCACCUACGGAAAUAGGAGGGAUAGCGAUUCUGAAUGGGUUAAAGGGAAAAAAAAAGAGGAAAACGGGAAAAGAAAAAAAAGGCAUUUUUGCCGUCACUAAAUGGUUUUUGUACUGUGGAAGUGUUACUCGUGCAUAGUAAUUACCUGGCGCCGCAAAGUGAUAGCGCAUGCGAUUAAUUGAC